CGAUAACUGGGAAACGUUUGCGAGAUUAGAAAGGGUUGUGAUGAAAAGAUCCCACUAGUCUAACGCUGAGAUAGUUUAUAGACAGAAAACCUGGGACCUGGGGUGUGGGUUUAUUACCCUAAUACCCAGAGUGCUACCAUCUAGACCCAACGGAGGUAGUUUAUUUAUAGACACUCCAUAAUAGAGAUCCAAGAGUUCCACAUUAGUGGUAACUCUGUGGUCACUAAUAGUUUUAAUUUGUCAGCACUAUAGAAAUAUAAUUUAAAGGCAUACUUUCAGCUGUUUUGAAUUCACCAAUACAUAAGUCCUUGGGUGUUUUAAUAAAUAGUGCCCACAUUAAGUUGCAAAGUGAAAUUGGUGACGUAUGAUUCUUGAGUUUUUCUACAGUUACAGAAAAUAUACGAUACCUUAAUUUGUACAGUUGCAGUUAUAAUGAAGAAUUGGCUGCUUUUCGUUGUUUCUUUCUGUUUGGUUGUGAUAUGCAAAGGACAAGUUACCUGGCAACAACUUGGUUCGAACGAGUAUUAUAUAUACACUGGUGUGGGGGUUAACUACUCAGCUGCAGUUAGUGCGUGUCAUUCAAUGGGCGCUACACUUGCUCGAAUUAAAACUAAACAAGUUCAAGAUUUUGUGAUGGAGAAGAUAACAUUGAGUCCAAGUGUCACGUUGAUGGAUUUCUACAUUGGGUUGAAACGAUUCAAUUCAAGUUCAACAGGAUUCCAGUGGAAUGACGGAACGAUGGUGACGUCAGGUUAUACGAAAUGGGCUAUUGAUGAACCAAAUAAUAUGGGUGGAAAUGAAAAUUGCGUCCAGCUGUAUUAUUCAUGGAAUGGCGUAUGGAACGAUGUACCUUGUUCAUGGAAUAGGCGAUACAUAUGUGAACGUAGAUUAGAAAAAGACACAACGACUCAACAACAAAUAAUAACAGACACACAGACUACAGACAAAACAACAACAGACACACAGAUGGCCUUCACAACAACAACAAACAACGAUCCACUAGAACAGAUGAAGACAUGUGAAUUCUCAAUAAUCCAUGUCGUCAUGUCCUUAUUAGGAAGUAUUGUUGGAACGAGUGUCGUAUUUAUUAUUGGAAUCUGGAUUUACUGUAAGAAACGAAGAAACAAUUACGUCACUGUACCCCCUCCCCCAAAACAAGAGCUGCAUCUUGAACCAACACGUCAAUACUAUGACAUCACAAACGAACGGAAUCAAGCGCAGCAUGACGUAACUACACCCCCUCCCCCACAACAAGGGGAGUAUCUUGAACCGAUACGUCACGACUCCAACGAUGGUUACGUCACAUUUGAAUCGAACCGAUAGACGAGUGACGUGUCGAAACACGUGAUAUUUAUGAAUAACUCCACGUAUCUAACUCAUCAAUAUUUGUUUAUUUUAUAAAAGUUAAACCUUCUAACUUUAUCUUUCACCGUUUAUUUUGCUUGUACAGUUCCGCGUUAUACAAAGUGUUUUUUUUUAACCCCGGGCGCAGUAAAAACAACCUACACUGUGU